AUGACACCGGUCAACACCACAGCAACGUUGUGGUUGAAAAUCACCUACAUCUCCAUGGAGGUUAUCAUCGGGCUCUGCGCUGUCGUGGGCAACAUGCUGGUCAUCUGGGUGGUCAAGCUGAACCCCAGUCUGAGGACCACCACCUUCUAUUUCAUAGUCUCCCUAGCACUGGCUGACAUUGCCGUUGGGAUACUGGUCAUGCCUUUGGCUAUUGCUGUCAGCUUAGAAGUGAGGAUGCACUUCUAUACCUGCCUUUUCAUGGCCUGCGUGAUUCUGUUCUUCACCCACGCCUCCAUUAUGUCCUUGCUGGCCAUCGCUGUAGACCGUUACCUGCGGGUCAAGCUGACAGUCAGAUACAGGGCGGUCACCACUCAAAGAAGAAUAUGGCUCUCCCUGGGCCUUUGCUGGGUAGUAUCUUUCCUGGUGGGACUGACCCCCAUGUUUGGCUGGAAUAAAAAAGUGAUCUCAGGGCUCGCCCCAAAUAUCACCACCCUUUCGUGCCAUUUCCGUUCGGUCGUGUCUUUGGACUACAUGGUCUUCUUCAGCUUCAUCACCUGGAUCCUCAUCCCUCUCCUUGUCAUGUGCGUCAUCUAUCUGGACAUCUUCUACAUCCUCCGUAAGAAACUCAGCCAGAACUUAUCUGGCUUUCGAGAGACACGUGCAUUCUACGGGCGGGAGUUCAAGACAGCCAAAUCCCUGUUCCUGGUUCUCUUCUUGUUUGCUUUGUGCUGGCUGCCGUUGUCCAUCAUCAACUUUGUUUCCUACUUUAAAGUUAAUAUACCAGAGGUCGCAAGGUGCCUGGGGAUCUUGUUGUCCCACGCGAACUCAAUGAUGAACCCUAUUGUCUACGCUUGUAAAAUAAAAAAGUUCAAGGAAACCUACCUUGUGAUUAUCAAAGCUUUUAGGGUCUGUCAGAGCUCAGUUUCCUUGGAUUCCAACUCUGAACAGACUACUGACACAUCUGAAGUUUGCUUCCUUCUCACCAUGGAGCUUGUCAUGUUCUCCUUGGCCCUCUUUUCAGACACCAUGGUCAUGGAUGAAAAGGUGAAGACAGGUAUUGAACUGGACACAGUUUCUGCUAACUGUAGCUAUGAUGCCCACUACAAGAACCACACCAAGUACUGGUGCCGAGGCUAUUUCAGGGACUCGUGCAAUGUUAUCGCCUUUACCCCUAACAGCACCAACCGUGUGGCCCCGAAGGACACAGGCAGCCAACUCAUCAUCACUGUGUCCUACCUGGUCAAGGAGGACACAGACUGGUACUGGUGUGGCAUCCAACGGGAUUUUGCCAGAGAUGUCAUGGAUUUUACACAGCUGAUUGUAACUGACAGCAGAGAUGGCCGGGCCAGUGUUUUUCCACCUGACCCUCCAGGGAACAGGACCCGGAGCUGUAGGACUUCUAAAACUAUCCUAAAGGCGGAGGACUCCAAACUGUCCCUUCUGAUCUUUUGCAUAAUGAUUAUUCAUUUGCAAAUUCAUCUUUAUAAUCAGUGUUUGUCCAAGGGAAGGAGAAGCCAGAGGAAUGAGGGGAUAGAUACUGGUAAAAGCAUCACUAGAAGCCCUCAGCCAAACCAAGUUCCUUCUGUGAUCUCCAUACCCUUGGAAACACGAGGCAAGAAUGAGGCAUCGUCAUCUGCGGGAGCCAGCAGAGUGGCAUCAUUGGUGCAGGAUUACCGCUACCCCACGUGCUUCCUUGCAACCUGCAACCCUCUCCUCAUGCGGUGUCCCCCCGGCUGCUUCAUCGUGGCCUUCACCGCCCUCCUGCGGGGGAAAGUGCACAUUCAUGUGUGCGCUUGUACACGUGGAGGCUGGAGGAUUACCUUAGAUGUCAUUCUUCUGGAGCUGCCCACCUUGUAA